AUGUCGACCAUCGCAAUAACUGUCUGCUUGCUCAUUAUUUUCCUCUUCCAUAGAGUGUUGUUGUUCCGCCGAAAGCUGAAGGUUGUAGUUAUUCUACUCGUCCGAGGGGUCUCAUUCAUACAUUAUCAGGCCGUGAACAAUCUCCCGGGCAUCCGUUGCACCUUCCCCUUACUCAGCCUUCUGAAUGCUAUCAUCGGGACAAACAAGUGGAACCCAGGCCUUCUCUGGGCUUGGACGUGGAGAGCUUCAUGCAAGCCCUGUCUUCUGCUGCAUGCCAUUAAAGAUAUCUCAACUGCUUCACAAUACACGAUGGUAGCACGAGAGACUGUGCAGCUCUAUCAUGAAAUGGUCAGAUGUGAAGGGUGGACUUCACAAACAUCGAUACACCUCGACAACGUGAGCCAAUGGAUGUCAAAGGUCCGUGUUGUCCCCUAUAUUAAGCGAGACAUACCAUUCAGAGACCUUCAGUUCACUUUGGGGGUGCUGACGCGUUGCGCAUUUGGAAUGUCCUUCUCGUGGAACGACGACGACCAUGCCGAAGGCAUGUCGAUCGGCACGACACUUGCCCUAGUUGUCCAAGGUACUAUCAUUCGUCAAGUCGUACCACAAUGGGCGUACAGGCUGCCUAUCCGGCGGUUGAGGGAGGUCGAUGAGGCCUACACUCGUAUGACCGCCUUCAUGCAGUCUCUCGUCGCGGAUAAGAAGGCCGAGGCUGUCACCGUGGAAGGGAACGAUACAUCUCCCAACGAUCUGUUCAGCCGCCUGAUCCAAGCUAGCGAAUCUGAAGGGAAAAACGGGUUAACUGACAAAGAGCUUAUCAGCAAUGUGUUCAUUUUCCUGUUCGCCGGGCACGGUACGAGUCUAUUCAACCCCGAGAAGCGUCAGAGAUCGCUCAUGCAGAGUGCAGACACAACGGCGCAUGUCCUUACAACAACACUCGCAUUGCUCGCUCUACAUGAAGACGAGCAGGAGAAGGCUGUCGAGGCAAUACAUGAGGCUUUGCCUGACUUUCGCAACCCUUGGGGCCAGAAUGACGAUUGUCACCAGACGUUCGAUGACUUUGAUGCACUGAAAAAGGUCCUAGCUUGUUUCCUAGAGGCUGCACGCCUUUUCCCUCCGGUUAGUGGUAUUCUCAGAGUCAGCGGAUCCACCAUAGCGUUGCGUCAGAAAGGAGACUACCAACCUCUGUUCAUCCCUCCGGGAAUCAAAGUCAACGUGGACACGAUCGGCAUUCUUUACAAUCCGAAGUACUUUCCUGAUCCAGAGCGAUAUGAUCCCUCACGAUGGUAUGGGGAGAAUUCCGAACUGGACUUCACGUUCUUCGGAAUUGGACCUCGUGCCUGCAUCGGCCGAAAAUUCGCACUCACGGAAGCGGUAUGCCUUUUGGUAUGUCUCCUGCGCGACUGGAAACUUGAUGUGCCCCUGGAGCACGGGGAGACGGGGGAGAUGUGGCGACAGCGCGUGAUGCAGAUCAAGUUCCUUGGACUGACGCUUGGUGUGCCGGAUGUGCCAUUACUUAUGACGAAGAGGACAACGGCUUAA